AUGCUGGGAUUACGUCGUUCAUCAAGAGUAGCAGCAAAACCACAACCACCAAAAGAAGAACAACCACCAACUAAAAAAUCAAAAACUUCUUCCACAACUUCAAAGACAAAAAAAUCACAACCACCAAAAGAAGAAAAUAAAAAAGAUCAAGAAGAAGAAAUAAUUGAUGAAUCAAUUGUAGAAAUAGAUAAUGAUUCGUUAACUUUAGAAAUUGGUGAUAAAUUACCAAGUUUAAAAUUAUUAAAUCAAAAUGGUGAAGAAAUUGAUUUACAAUAUGAAUCCAAGAAUCAUAAAUUCUUGGUUUUAUUUGCUUACCCCAAGGCAUCAACUCCAGGGUGUACUAGACAAGUAUGUGGAUUCCAAUCAAAUUUGAAAUUUUUCCAAGAUAAUGAUGCAGUUAUAUAUGGUAUAUCAUCAGAUUCUCCAAAAAAUCAAUUAAAUUUUAUUGAAAAACAACAUUUAGAAUAUGAUUUAAUAAGUGAUCCAAAAAAGCAAAUUAUAAGUAUAUUAGGAGCUAAAAAACCAGGUAAUGGAAUCAAGAGAUCUCAUUGGAUUUUUGUUGAUGGGAUUUUAAAAAUUAAAUCUUUACAAAUUUCUCCUGAACAAAGUAUUGAUGGUGCUAAAUCUGAAAUUGAAAAAAUCUUGAGUAGUGAUAAAAAUGGUAAAAAUGGUAAAGAGAAAAAUGGGAAAGAAGAUGAUAAAGAAAUCAGUGGAUUAGAACCUAAAAAUGAAGUUCAUGAAGAAGGUGGUUAUAAAGAAGAUAUAGAAGAUGAAAAACAUGAUCCAAUUACAACAAAAUAA